AUGAUAAGAAGGCUACAGAUACUUGUUCGGAACAAUUGCCCGCAACAGAGAUUUCUUGCUGCCACCACAAAUUCUAAUGCUGGCAUUGGCGGUGGUGUUACAUUAACAAAUUUGGCCAAAAGUUAUUGUACCAAAACACACCAGCAACAACAAAAUAAAAAACAAACCGAUAAUCCUAAUGGCGAACAAGAUUUCGAGAACGAUGAACCAAGUUCGAAUAAAUCAAAAGGUCAACAUCGCAGUAAACGACCACCCAUAAAAUCUUUCGUACCUGCUGUCAAAAAUCCCUUCGCCUCAGCAUCGGAAAAAACCAAAGAUGUUUAUCUUAGUAUGGUAAAUAUAUUUUCCGAACGGGAUGUACAUCGACGCAAUCAUGUCGAAUUCAUUUAUGCUGCCAUGAAACACAUGUCCGAAUUUGGUGUCGAACAUGAUUUGGAAGUGUACAAGGCGCUGAUUAAUGUUAUGCCCAAGGGCAAGAUGAUACCGAAAAAUAUAUUCCAAGCGGAAUUUAUGCAUUAUCCCAAACAACAACAAUGUAUUAUAGAUUUACUAGAACAAAUGGAAGAUUUGGGUGUUAUGCCCGAUUACGAAAUGGAGGCGAUGUUAUUGAAUAUUUUCGGUAAACAGGGUCAUCCAUUACGUAAAUAUUGGCGUAUGAUGUAUUGGAUGCCUAAAUUUAAGAAUGCCUCACCAUGGCCUCUACCUAAUCCGGUGCCGGAUGAUACCUUAACUGUGGCCAAAUUAGCUGUAGAACGUAUGUGCACCGUAGAUGCACGUUCACAGAUUAGUAUAUUUGAUACGAAGGAUGUUAAAGAUGCUUUGGAUCAAACAUGGAUUGUUAGUGGUAUGAGUCCGGAUCAAUCACAAUUACUUAAAGAACAUCCCCGCAAUAAGGCUGUCUACAUUGAGGGGCCAUUUAUGAUUUGGUUGAGAAAUCGUACCAUAAAUUAUUUUACAUUACGUGCUGAUCCGGAUGUGGAAUUUUUAAAUACACUUCGAAAUCAACAUAUCGAUGAUGAUGAUGUUACCCACCUAAAUGUACCUUUCUUUGGUAAGGUUCCACGAAAACCCCAUCAAGUGGGUAAGGUGAGAUCAGUACAUCAACAAGACGAUGGUACAAUAUUUGCAAUUUGUGCAACGGGAACAUCUACCAAAGAUUCUCUGUUAUCAUGGAUACGUCUGUUGGAAGCAAAUGGUAAUCCAUCCCUAGGCGAGAUACCUGUACUAUUUCGCUUCCAUUCAAAUGUUGGCGAGAAAGCAAUACAAAUUGAAGGAAAUGCAGAAGAUGAUGAUGAUACUCCAAUGACAAGGGAAACAACUUCAACAACGACAGAAAAAUCCCAAAGAUAG